AUGUCCACCCACAAAGCCUCCGCCGUCACCAUCGACGAGUUCUCACUCCCCAGGGGCCGCAACGCCACUGGGGCUUUGCUGGCUGCCACGCUGAUGAUCCUGUCCGCCCGCCGCAGAUUCAUCGAGCCGGGCUCCCUCCUCCACGACCAAGUCAUCGCCAGGAGCGGCGCCCGGGUUGCCAAGUACUCCAGACCCGUCCAGGACGCCAUCUUCUACACGCUCUACGGCCUGCACGGCGUCGGGACCGUCUAUUUCGCCCUGACCAAGCUGAAGAAGCACAACGUCAAGAUUUUGAGUCCUGUCUGGUUCCAGUGGAUCCUUGCCGCGUUCUUUGGGGGUUCUUUUGCUACAAAGCACUUCGAUGAGGAGGUGGAGAAGAAGGAGCUCAAGACUAUCAAGGAGAUCUGA